UCUCGCUAUAGAAACACUGUACCUUUUUAUUAAACAGGAAGUUCCACCACUGUGGCACUUUCUCUCUCUACGCCGCUCUCUUUCUCUGUUCUUUCUCUCUCUUCUGUUACAUGACCAGCUUUUCCAAACUAGAGAAGAAAAUAAUAUUUUUUUUGUACUCUCUUCUAUUUCUUUCACUCAGAUAAGCUUACGAACACGCGCAUGCCCUCUAGCUCUGCUACAGUUCAAACCUUUUUUGGAUCCCUCUUUCUCUCUCUAAAAAUCCACCUCCUCUCUCUUUCUCUCUCUAAAUCCAGAAAAGCUGAGGAUUAAUACGAUUGAUACUGGUUAUACGGUUUGAAAGGCCUAAAGUUCCUGUCUCUUUCUAAAACUCCAGAGAAGGUGAGCAUAAAGACUGCACUUUUGGUUGUACUCUUCCGAAAGGUUCAUAUAUUGAAGGUUUCUCUCUCCUCCCCUUCUUUUGUUCUCUCUUCGAAGAAGUUAGCUCUGUGUUCUGAUGAGUUCUGCGCUAUUUCUUUAGAAAGCACAAGUUAUUGAGUUCGAAUUCGAGAAACUUCUUGAGAAACUGGAGGAUUUUGGUGGGUUCCUUUUACUUUCUCUAUUCAUCCUGUGUGAUGGUGGGUUUUCUUGCUGAGUGAUUCGUUGGUCAUCAGUCAAGUUCAUGACGGAUGGUUAUGGGUUUUGCAGAGAAAGGCCAUGAAGUACUGAACUCAAGAGACUGAAGAUUUGCGUGGUAGUGCCCUUACUUUUUCUGUCCUUCUGUGAAGUUGGGUUUUUGAUGAAGAUUUGCAUGGUAGUGCCCUUACUUUAUCUGUCCUUCUGUGAAGUUGGGUUUUUUAUGAGUUACCUAGUGAUUAUUUGGGGGAUCCUUGAGCCACCCACUCAAGUCCUGGAGAGAUGGUAGUGGGUCCUGGAAGAAAUGGCUGUGAAUUGCAGAGGAAUGGUAAAACAGGGGACUUCUAUCAAUGGAAAGAUGGUAUUCAAUCCAAAGCAACAGCAACCUCAGUUACAGGUACAGGUGCCGGUACCAUGUACAAAAGGCGGGGGAGGAAAAUGGAGGAGAAAACUUCUGGUUCUAUGGCUUGUUAAAGGACUUUUGUUUUCAGCAUGGUUAUUUCUUCACAUGAAAAGCAAUAUCCAUUCGAGGAAUGAAGAGACGCUUGCUAGUAUGUGUGAUGAGAGGGCGAGAAUGCUACAAGAUCAGUUCAAUGUUAGUAUGAAUCAUGUCCAUGCUUUGGCCAUACUUGUCUCCACUUUUCACCAUGGGAAAAACCCAUCUGCAAUUGAUCAGGAAGUUCAAACUUUUGAAUCUCUAGGUGUGAAUUCAAAUUAUCAGAAGAAGCUAGAAGAAAAGAAAACAUUUGCCGAGUAUACAGCUAGAACUGCAUUUGAGAGGCCACUGACCAGUGGCGUGGCUUAUGCAUUGAAAGUAUUGCACUCAGAGAGAGAGGAGUUUGAGAAGCAGCAUGGUUGGACCAUAAAGAAGAUGGAGACACAAGAUCAAUCACCCGUUCAAGAUGAAUACUUCCCUGAGAUGCUUCAACCAUCACCUGUUCAAGAUGAAUACGCUCCCGUUAUCUUCUCUCAGGAUACCGUAUCCCAUAUUGUGUCCAUCGAUAUGAUGUCGGGAAAGGAGGACCGAGAAAACAUAUUAAGAGCGAGAACCUCCGCAAAGGGUGUCCUCACAUCUCCUUUCAAGCUUUUGAAAUCCAACCAUCUUGGGGUCGUUCUCACAUUUGCUGUAUAUAAUAAAGACCUUCCAUCAACAGCCACACCUGAAGAGCGCAUUCAAGCCACCCAAGGGUAUUUGGGCGCGUCUUUUGAUGUCCCUUCUUUGGUUGACAAGCUUCUCCAACAACUUGCUAGUAAACAAACAAUCGUUGUAAAUGUUUAUGAUACGACAAAUGCUUCUGCCCCAAUAAAUAUGUAUGGUCCUAAUGUAACGGAUACUGGGUUAUUCCAUUUUAGCAACCUUGAUUUUGGAGACCCAUUCAGGAAGCAUGAGAUGCACUGCAGGUUCAAGCAGAAGGUUCCUCUUCCAUGGUCAGCAAUAACUACUUCACUUGGCGUUCUUGUGAUUGUGUUGCUUGUUGGGCACAUUUUCCAUGCUGCUAUAAACCGCAUUGCUAAAGUGGAGAAUGAUUAUCGUAAAAUGAUGGAACUUAAAGUGAGAGCGGAAGCUGCAGAUGUAGCAAAGUCUCAGUUUUUAGCCACUGUUUCUCAUGAGAUCAGGACACCAAUGAAUGGCGUACUAGGUAUGCUGCAAAUGCUUAUGGACACAAAUUUGGAUGCCACCCAACAAGAUUAUGCAGUGACAGCACAAGAAAGUGGAAAAGCUUUGAUAGCUUUGAUAAAUGAGGUCCUAGACCAAGCUAAGAUCGAGUCCGGGAAGUUGGAGCUUGAGAAUGUUCCAUUUGAUCUUCGCUCAGUUCUAGAUAUGGUCGUAUCUCUCUUCUCGGAAAAAUCUCAGGACAAAGGCAUAGAAUUGGCUGUAUACAUCUCGGAUCGAGUGCCUGAAAUUCUUAUUGGGGAUUCCGGGCGCUUCAGCCAAAUCAUUACAAAUCUGGUCGGAAACUCAAUAAAGUUCACGGAAGUUGGGCAUAUAUUUGUUUCUGUACAUUUAGUGGAAGAGGUGAAGUGUUCUAGAGACUCGAAUGGCGAAGACCCAAAAGAACCUUUAGAGACCCCCAUCAAGAAUGGAAUGAAGGAAACUUAUAAUACACUAAGUGGGACUUGUGUGGUUAACAGAUUGAAAAGUUUUGAGAAUUUCAAGUUGUUGAAUGGUGGCUCGAAUCUUCAAUCAACUGAAGCUUCCAAUACCAUAAAUUUACUCGUAACAGUCGAGGACACUGGUGUUGGGAUACCCGAAGAUGCCCAAAGCCGAAUAUUUAUGCCUUUUGUGCAAGCAGAUAGUUCCACCUCUAGAACAUAUGGAGGAACUGGAAUAGGCUUGAGCAUAAGCAAACGUUUAGUGGGUCUAAUGGGUGGUGAGAUAGGCUUUGUUAGUGAGCCCGGAAUUGGGAGUACUUUUGCCUUUACAGCUUCCUUCACAAGAGGGCAAUCAAUCCCUCCAGAGAUGAAGAGGCACCAGUCUGACCCUAUGACCACUGACUUUAGAGGCAGACAUGGGGUUGUGGUGGAUGGUAGGAAUGUGCGUGCUGAGGUGACCAAAUAUCAUUUGCAAAGGCUCGGGAUCCAGGUUGAGGUUGCAACUGACGUGAAUACUGCCUUAUCUUACAUAUGUAGACCGCCCAACUCGAGUUCCACCAAGCCCGUAGACAUGGUGUUGGUUGACAAGGAGGCAUGGGGCCCAGGCAGUGGCCUUGCAUUUCCCCGCCCCCUCAAAGAGCUGAAACAAAAUGGGCGCUCAAAUUCCACUAUUGCACCGCCAAAAAUGUUUCUUUUAGCCAACUCCAUGACCAACCCCGAGCUUGAACAGGCCAAGUCGGUAGGCUAUGUAGACACAGUUAUCAUGAAGCCCCUUAGAGUAAGCAUGAUAGCUGCUUGCCUUCAAGAGGCCUUAGGCAUGGGUAAGAAAACCAAGAAGGGCCAUGAACUUCAGAGCUUGCUUUGUGACAAGAGAAUUUUGGUAGUGGAUGAUAACGCGGUGAAUAGGAAGGUGGCAGCAGGUGCACUGAAGAAGUAUGGUGCGAUUGUUGAGUGCAAAGAUAGUGGGAAGGCAGCACUCAGUAUGCUUCACCCACCUCAUGAGUUUGAUGCAUGCUUUAUGGAUGUUCAGAUGCCAGAGAUGGACGGGUUCGAUGCCACAAGACAAAUCCGACUAGUAGAAGAGCAGGUGAAUGAGCGUAUAAAGUCAGGGGAGGUUUCUGUUGAAGUUUACAGAGGGGUGGCGCAUUGGCAUGUUCCUAUACUCGCCAUGACGGCGGAUGUCAUACAAGCAACACACGAACAGUGCGUGCGUUGUGGAAUGGACGACUAUGUGUCCAAGCCCUUUGAGCAAGAGCAGCUAUACUCAGCUGUCGCCCAAUUCUUCGACCCCAAGCCCAACCCAAAACAAAGAAGUAAUCACAAGUCUUUGACAGAUACCGGAGAUAACCACGUGUCGUAGCUCCCAUCUCUCCCGCUUCUUUUCCUCUCUCAAAAGUGUACUACUACUGGUUUUCCAUGGUUUUCUAUGUGGGUUUCCCUCUACCCCUUGGCGGUGAUGGCCGAGCUCUUCAACCACACGCCCAAGGAUUCUCAGAGGCAAAGAGGUAACCAGGAGACCUCAACGGAACACAAGGAUUCUCAGAGGCAAAAAGGUGACCACGAUGCCUCAUCAGAGCACCGGCCCGAACAGGCAACCCUUCUCACUCUCAUUUAUCAUUUGCCUCAAGUUUGUAACUAUUGAAUUAUUUAAAGCAGCAAUCAUUGAAGUUUGUGUCAAUUUUACUUCAAUUUGUUGCUAUAUUUGUAUUAUAGAAGUGGCGGCUAUUGCGUGUUUCUUCAAUCUGUGAAUGUUAUACAAGUUUGCACAGCC